UCUGAAGUUCUCAAAUGGCAGGGCUGGGCAAUCGUGGCUGACGAGCGAAGUUAAGGACCAUAUAAAAGCAAGGAAAAGGAAAUAUAAAGCAGCAAAAUCCGUGAUCUCUGACCACACACAACAGUCACAGUUAGCGCCGCACUCUCCUGGGAUCUCACACAGCCAAGGAACAAUGGGUCCGGUGGUCAAGGAUACCCUGGGAGUCAUCAUCUUGCUCUCUGUGUGGACUGGUACUGCUGGAAAGGUCAGCAUCACGGUUGAGAAACUCAGCUCCAAGGGCAGCCCCUGCCAGCUGGAGAUACGCUGCUCCAAGAAAAUGAGCUUUGAAAAGUUUCAGUGGCACGAGGGAGACAUGCUUGUGUCCAAUGACGAUAGGCACAAGGUGACCUUUGGUGGUAUGCUGCUGACUGUGUCACCGGACCACACCAACACCCAGUACAAGUGCUCCCUCGAGAAGUCACCCGAGGAGCAGAUGUCCGUCGAUGUGGCCCCGACCUGCGGCUUCACGGACCCCACCGUGACGAAAACAGGCUCCUUGGGCGGCUGUUCCAGGGGACUGCUGGCCAUGAAGAUCGCCUUACUGUGCCUGUGGCUCGGAAUCUUGGGAUAUACCUUUUACUACUGCAACAGAAAGACCAGUCAGAAGGCUACAGGAAAGAAUACCAAAGUUACAGAGGAAGGAAUCUACUCGCACGUGGGAAUGUCUGACCUUGGUGCCGAAGACAACCCACAGCAAGAGGAGGAGAAGCCUGGGCCCAGCCAAGAUAAACAGACUGUCAAUCCCACCUACCAGAGCCUGCAGAAGACAGAGAAGAACAAUGAUUACAGUAUGCUCACACCGGUAGCAACCGCAGCCUCAGCCCAAGACCCGAUGUAUCAGGCCCUGGUGAAGGACGAGGACAACACCUAUAACACCCUCCAGAAGCCAGCGGCCGGCAGUGAGCCUACUGUGACCUUCUCAGCUACCAUGGAAGAGGUCUCCCUGCAAGAAGAAGCCAAGACCUAAGCAGGAAGCAAUCGCCAGCUCACGCCCAGGCUACGUUAAAAAUCAAACGCCCAAGGCUCUGGAUUUAAUUCCAGCUUCCUGCUCGCCCCUGGAUAGCUGUCACCCUGUACAUAUAAAUUUCCUGACCCAAUGACUAGAUUCCAGACUAGAUUGGUUGUUCUUUACAUAAAACCCCUCCUGAAACCUUCAAUUAAAUCCCAGUCUGUAAUGCACCUCUGAGUAGGUAUACCUGCUGAACCCCUGGAUUGCCUCCCCUCGUGUAACAAGCUCCCAGAAUACACUGGAAAAUAUUGAGUGCAUAUAUCUCCUGAGUUCCUGAACUAGGUGCUUGUCUAUACCAAGCUCCAGGGGAGUAUGAUUCUGUGUGUCCGCUGGGCCCUUCCAGCACAGUGGUCCGUACCGCCCAGCAACCCUACUGAUUGAUAACCCUCACAGUCCCAUGGGGAGGUCGUACAGGUGACGUUGGAAUUGAAAUCUGAGCUGUUAUGGCAUCACCCUAAUCAGAGGCAGGAGCACACAGGAGACUCCGUGAUAACUGAAUGCCAUGGUGACGGACCCAAACAGCUGAAGGCCAUUUGUCCUAUUGACUUCAACCUUUGCUGGUGCCCCGGACAAGGGUCUUGCUCGAUGCAAACACCUGUGUAUAAUGUACUAUUUCACAUCUCCCAUUGAUGCCCACCAGUAACAACCUCCUCCUUCGUCUCCCACCACUGGAGACCAGCAGACACAACACCCUCUCCACCACAGUCUUCAGUGCCCGAGUCCAGGUCAGCACAACCCUGGCUCCUUCUGCGACACAGACAACGUUUCCAGAACCACCCCCCCCCCCCCCAACAGGCUGGACACCCACAUAGACUAAAGGUCAGAUCUGGCAUCAGCCACACCCACUGCACGUUCCAACUUCAACCGAAACAUCCACCAUCUCAGAUGUCUGGAAACAGGCUUCAUUCUCUCAAGGUGUCCCAGUAACACAGACACCCCUUCACCCCGGUCAGCUAUGCUCAGGCAUCGUAAUGCUCUGCCUCCCCUACACCCCUCCUGUCUCUGUAACUCCCUUUGGCCCCUACACCCUUCCCUGUCUCUGUAAUCUCCCUAUCCUUGUAACCUCCUCCACCCCUGCCUGUCUCUGUAAACCCUCUCUGGCACCCUCGCUCCAAACGGACAUUUCUACUCUCUGGUAAUGCUGGCAUUCAUACACAAACAGCAGCUAAGAACUCUGGGAUUAAUACCCUCACCCACCCACAUUAUUUUUGUCCCUCUCACUCUCUAUCCAUCACUCUCAGUGACCACUGCCCAGCCCAUUUCUCCACCCCCCCCCGUCCAUCUGCUCCCCCCCCCCAGAGUUGAAGCUCGCACUCCUGCACACUUUAGACAAGUCUCUCCGAUCGCGGGGCUGCAAGAACGCAUACUGAGAAGUGUCCUCUCUCUCUGAUGUUGCCGUGUAUGCCUAUUAACACAAUAAAGUCAAGGACGCUUUC